AUGGUUUGGGGUCAGCUGGAACCGACAAAAGCCCAUGUUGCUUAUGCUUGCAUCGGGGUUUUCUCAUCGAUUUUUUCACUGGUCUCACUAUUUAUCAAGGAAAGGCUUUACAUCGGUGAAUCCAUGGUUGCAGGUGCAUUUGGACUUAUUGUAGGACCUCACUGUUUAGAUUGGUUUAAUCCCAUAUCCUGGGGUGAUACAGAUGCAAUAACAUUAGAGAUAACAAGAAUAGUUUUAUGUUUACAAGUGUUUGCCGUGGCGGUAGAACUACCGCGUAAAUACAUGUGGAAACACUGGCUAUCAGUUACUAUGCUUUUAGUGCCAGUAAUGACAUUUGGAUGGUUAAUAAUUGGACUAUUUGUUUGGAUAGUGAUACCUGGAUUGAAUUUUUCACAUAGUCUUUUGGUGGCAGCUUGUAUAACUGCAACCGACCCCAUCCUGGCACAAUCUGUGGUUUCAGGUAAAUUUGCCGAGAGAGUUCCUGGUCAUUUGAGAAACUUACUUUCAGCAGAAUCGGGAUGUAAUGAUGGAUUAGCAUUUCCCUUCAUCUAUUUGUCAUUAUAUUUAAUUAUGCAUCCCAGGCAAGGUGGUGAAAUUGUUAAGGAUUGGAUUUGUAUUACCAUCUUGUGGGAAUGUUUGUUUGGUUGUUUACUAGGAUGUGUUAUUGGAUACUGCGGCAGAAGAGCCAUUAGAUUUGCAGAAGAGAAAAAAAUUAUUGAUCGUGAAUCCUUUUUGGCGUUCUACGUUGUCUUGACGUUUAUGUGUGCCGGAUUUGGCUCCAUUUUGGGCGUUGAUGAUUUAUUAACCUCAUUUUCAGCAGGGGCUGCUUUUGCGUGGGAUGGUUGGUUUUCUGAAAGGACAAAAGAAAGUAACGUAUCAACCGUUAUUGACGUCCUAUUAAACUAUGCAUAUUUUGUUUAUUUUGGCGCUAUUAUUCCUUGGCAACAUUUUAACGAUCCGGUGAUAGGGCUAGACAUUUGGAGAUUAAUCAUUUUGGCCAUCAUAGUCAUUUUUUUAAGAAGAAUCCCCGCCGUUCUUCUACUGAAACCUCUAAUACCGGAUAUUAAAUCUUGGCGUGAGGCUGUAUUUGUUGGCCAUUUUGGACCCAUUGGUGUUGGUGCCGUUUUUGCCUCUCUAACUGCAAGAGCACAAUUAGAAACUCAAGCCGAACCUCAUGAAGAGACGCCUUUAGAAAUUUUACCGGAGAAGGGUAGUAAGCAUUGGCAAAUCAUUUGGGUAAUAUGGCCUAUCACCUGUUUUUUCAUUCUAACUUCUAUUAUAGUUCACGGUUCGUCAGUCGCAAUUAUUACUUUAGGUCGUCAUUUGAACACAAUCACGUUGACUAAGACCUUUACUACUAAUACUACGAACGGUAAUGGUAAAUCGUCUUGGAUGCAAAGAUUACCUGCGCUAGAAAAAAGUGGCAGAUCAUUCUCUUUACAACGUGUGGAUACAGAAGCUCCUUCAUUCUCAGGUCAAACAGCAGUAGAAACUAGCGGCGUCCCCUACACACCAGCGGGGGGUAUGAAGAGAGGACGUAAGAAUCGGAGAAAUAAACGUAGAAAGGAAUUGUUACAUGUAUUAUCAGGAAAUGGUACUAAUGAAGAGGAAUUAAACGAUUUAGGUCGGGAAAGGCUACAACGCGAAAAGGAAGCAAGGGCGGCAACUUUUGCAUUAAGUACUGCCGCUAAUAGGGGGACUAAUAAGGAUACUCUAGAAGCAGAAGGCCAAACACCUGGUGGAUCAGAUUCUACAGAACAAGUUGCAUCGAAUGAACCAACUAAAUCAGAUAUUGACAUCAUGAACCGAGAAGAAACUGUACAUGCAAUCAGUGGGUUAGAUGAACUAGCUAGAGAUAGAGAACAUGGUGAAAUUAAUCUAAUUGAAGGUGGCGGUGAGGAAGAAGACUUAGGUGCCAUUUCCACUCCUAGGUCUCAAACAACUGAAGAUAUCGAUGAAAAAUUGUCUAGAAGAGAAUCGGAGACAGGUUCCAGAAGAUCUGCAGAAUCAGAGAGAAUGAGAAAGAUUAGAGAAGAAGAAGAACAGGCCCAUGUUGCAUAUGCCGAGGAUGAUCAACUCAUUGUUGAAAACGCUGAAGGUGAAGUUAUCGAUGAAGCUAGAUAUAAUAAGCCCAGAAAAGAUGAGGAACAUGGACUUCAUCCACAUCAUCACGCUCAGCAUGAAAAUGAUGGCGAGUCACCUAUCAUCCGUUCUGACAGUAAUAGAUCUGGACACAGCAGUUUAAGCAGUCUAAAGAGAGUACUUUCACCAAAAUUCGAGGGUAAAUUACAGGAUAAAAUGCGUAGAUCGUCUUCUUAUCGUCGUGCUAACAAAUAUUAUGCAUACAAGAUUGACAACCAACUUAUUAUUGAAGAUAAAGAAGGUGAAGUGCUAAGACGUUACAAAAUUAACACGCACACAAGUGGUAAUGAUAAGAAAAAACCUGAAGAAAAAUCAGGAACUGCUGGUGGUAAAGUUAUGAAUAAAGCGCUUUCAGCUGUUGGUAUAAAGAAUAGAUCUGCUCCAAACAAUCCCGAAGGAAAUGUGUCACCAACUCGUGGGGAAGAAAACCUUAAAAUGGUCAGAAAUCCGACUCCAGCACCCAAGGAUUCUUACAGAAGACCUGAAGAGUUGGAAAACGAUGAACAAGGUGAUACGGAUGAUUAUGAAGAUGAAGGUGAAGAUAGCAAUGAUGAAGAUAACAGGGACAGCUACGAUGAUAAUUACACUGACGAUUCAGAAGAAGAUGGCGAAGAGCGUGAUAACGUUGAUGGUGACUCUACUUCUGUGAGAUCAAAUGAAUCUGAAACGGCAGUAGAAAGAGAAAGACGUCUAAAUGCUCUGGGUCAUUUCUCUGCACCAAGAGACCAAGACGAUGAGGAGGAACCUCCGACCCCACUAGAGGCCCAAGCACAAUCGGGAGCCAAAAACAGUACAACAAAGAAAGUUAAGGACUCCCUAGGAAGAAAGUUCCACCUGAAAUAA